UUUCAUAUAAAUUGAAUUCUCCAGCUAAUUCAUAAUGGACUCUCAAUUUGCUUCACUUGCCAAGUCAUAUUUAACUAGUAUGAGGGAAAGACUUGAAGAGAAAGAUGAUGAGCACCAUCAGUUCUGGAUUUAUUUUAUGUUCAUUCUGAUGCUGGUCGACUUAGUGUUGAUCUAUUAUCAUUUGAGAGUACAGAAGUUGUGGAUCAAGCCCUUCUGGGCACACUGCUUUGUGAUUAUGUUCGCAUUGUUCUAUCAAAUUAUACCUGGCGCCAGACAGAGUCUAUUCGUGUACCUAUUCUUGCACACUCUGAGUUAUUUAUGCAUCUUGGGGUUCUUGAUAAGUGUAGUACACUUCUUGGUAAUGAGAGACUCACUGAAGAAGGCCAUUUGGUUUUAUACGAUAAUGUACACAACGUGUCCAUCUUCGUUUGUGGCAAUGCUCUAUCUCGUUUGUUCAUAGAGAAGAGCCGCCUUGAUUAAAUUUUUAUUUGGAAUACUUUUUUGAUAGAAAAAUUGAUCUUGC